UCUGUAGGAGAAGAAGCCAGAAAAUGAAACGGGAAACAGCAGAAGAGAAGGGGGUUGGGCGGCUGGGAAGGGAAGGGAAGGAAGGAGAGAUUGCAGCCAAGUGCGACUGAAGAUCUAGUCAAAGUUCUACCUCCUAAGGAAGGGUGUUUCAACAAACACUCUCACUUCUCACAAAAGGACCCCUGCCUUUUUUACAAGCAGAUUCUGCAGGGAUUCUUUAUUGGACAGACAGAACCUCGAGCUUGCAUGCCAUUUUCCCCUGUGAAUUCACGAAGCAAGGAUGGUUUCUUUAAGGUCAGGGUGCUGCGAAGACUGUAAGAAAGUCAAGUCACAACCUCGGGCCCUAGUCACAAGUGUGCCUAGAGAGGCACUGACAUUUCACUCACAGGACUGGCAACAAAUGCUUUCGGGGGGCGGGGGGGGGAGGAAAAAUGACUUUGGAAACUCCUGUUUUCUCUUUACCAGUCAUUAAAUUAUACAUUAUCCACCUUACACGCAAACAUCCAAGGGGCAGUUGACAUCCCAGGGCCUGAGAUGAUAGACAGACACAGCUUCUGGCCCCCACCGAACUGAUGAAGGCUAGUUUUUUUUGUUUUUUUUGUUUUUUUUUUUUGCUUGGAGAGAUAGAGACCCAUCUCUUUGUUCCCACCCACAUUUGUGGCUGUUGCAGAAGAUAAACCCCUCCCUCAGCCAGGGCUGUGGCCAGAGGUUAACCUAGACCCAAGCUACGUUUGAGAGGACAGAUAACUGAAACCACACAAGGCUUUGGAAUCCUGAGAAACGAGAAAUCUACCAACGGAGAAGGAUUUACUAUCUGUUUCCUCUAAGGCGGGUGCAAAGUUGUUCUAACAGUUUCCGUUAGUUACAGGGGUACCAACUGGCCGCUCCUCCCCAACAGGCGGUUUUGUUCAAUUAGCUUCCUUUUUUUUUUUUUUUUUUUUUUUCUUUUUCUUUUUUUUGGCGCCAGUUCCUGCGACAGAAACUGCUUGAGGGAGAAUCCUCGGGGGUGUUCUCUGAGGUUUCCUUCCUCGUCCCAUACAGUCAUCUGAGGUGGGACAGAGGACUGUCGCAGGGCAGAGGUCCUUCAUUGCCAGGAGGGGAAAGGCAGGGGGAAUUCCCCUACUUUCUUCUCAUCCAGUUGCAGGGUACCGCUGCUUGCCACAAAAACCCCAAGAAGGCUUUCUUUUGCCUAUUCAUAUUGUCUAUCGUGUGCCAGGUCCUGUGCUGAGCUGGGGUGGCGGAACACCGAGAGAACGCGUGGCUCUGGGGCAGCGCCCGGGUCCAGCCUCGGCUCACACCGGGAAGUCAGAGGCUGCUCACGGCAGGGGACUGGGGUGAGAGCCCCGACCCGGGAGCGCAGCGCCCGCGCACAAACUGCUGGCGAGUCAAGAGGCCUACUCCUCAGGUGUCACCACGCCGGGAAGGUGCGACUCACCGCCGCCGCCUCGGCCCCCGCCCUAGCUGGGGUCAACAUGGCCGCCGAGGAGGGGGGCGGGGCGCUCCGAGUCCGGGCAGGAGCGGGGCGGGGCCGCCGUCGGCCGAGCCGGCGCGCAGGCGCGGCACGGACGGGACCCGGAUGGAGGCGCUGAAGUUGGAGCUCCGCGGGGGUGGUCUGGACGCGCGGGCGCGGAGGAUCCGGCGCCAGCUCUGCAACUCUGGAGUCCUCCGGGGAGGGAAGCUGUCAAACGCAGGCCGAGAGAAAUUAGGCGGAGGCUGUAGAGAAGCGAGGAGCCCCGCCCCUCCGCCAUAGCAGCCUCCGGCGCCGCCUCUUCCUUUGCAGCCUCCGGCCCUCGUCUGCUUCCGGCCCCGUUGCCUGGCCCGGCCCCGCGAUUCCCCCGGGACGAAGCCCUGGGCCGUGGCUCCCUUGGGAAUUUAGAAGCCGGAGGAAGCUCAGUCCUGGUGGUGAGAGAGAGGAUGGGACUCCUGGACCCAUCCCAGAAAGAGGUGCUGAGAUUCGCAGUAAACUGCCGCAUCCUGACUCUAGUGCUACAGGUUCUGCUGACUUUGGGCAUUAAAGAGUCUUCAUCUUGGUGGCCUGUACUGUUACCUGUGAUUGUCACCCCAUCCCAUUUCUUUUCACUGGAGUGGCCUGAUGAGGAAACUGACAAGAAGAGAAAGAACCUUUAAGUGAGCUGUGCUCUUGUCGCUGGGCUGGGGAGCCUGACUCAGUGAUGGCUGAGCCAGCACCAGCUGAGCUCCUGGCAGGAGCAGAGGAGCAAGUCAGCAGCUGGGAAGGGCAGCCAGGGCAGCUGGGCUCUCAGGCACUGUGAGCGUGGAAACACUCUAUUUCCCCAAACCCCUGAAGUUCAGCCACCAAAAUUAUAGCACUCUUCAACCUCAUCAUCCCAGAUCACCACGCAGAUGCCUUUUGCCCUCCCCGCCUCGCCCCCUCGGGCUCUGCGGAUCAGCUUGUGGAAGGUCUUCUGGGUGGUCUGUCUCGAUGGGAUGCUGAACACUUCCUGUUUAUCGCUGAGCACGGCUACCUUUAUGAGCACAACUUUGCCUUCUUCCCUGGCUUUCCCUUGGCCCUGCUGAUGGGGACUGAGCUGCUGAGACCCUUGCAGGGCCUCUUGAGCCAGCGCAGUUGCCUGCUGGUCUCAGUAGCACUUCUCAACUUGCUGUUCUCCGUGCUGGCUGCAGUGGCACUCCAUGACUUGGGUUGUCUGGUUCUGCACUGUCCUCGGCAGGCCUUGUGUGCAGCGUUGCUCUUCUGCAUCAGUCCUGCCAACGUUUUCCUGGCAGCCGGCUACUCAGAGGCUUUGUUUGCCUUCCUGACGUUCAGCGCCAUGGGGCAGCUGGAGAGGGGCCGUGGCUGGGCUAGUGGGCUGCUCUUUGCUCUUGCUGCUGGGGUGCGCUCCAAUGGGCUGGUGAGCCUUGGCUUCCUCCUGCACUCCCAGUGCAGAGGCUUUUGUUCCUCUCUGGCGGUGCUGAGCCCCUGGAAGCCCCUCGUGAAGCUGAUGGCCUCUGUGUGCUUGUCAGUGCUCAUAGUCAGCCUUCCCUUCGCCCUCUUUCAGUAUCGUGCCUACAUCCAGUUCUGCUCACCAGGCUCAGCCCCCUCCAUCCCUGAGCCCUUGCUGCAGCUAGCUGCCGACAAAGGCUACCGGCUUGCAGGAGAAAAUGCACCCCCAUGGUGCUCCUGGGACCUUCCUCUAAUAUACAACUAUAUUCAGGAUGUCUACUGGAAUGUUGGUCUUCUGCGAUACUAUGAGCUCAAACAGGUGCCCAAUUUCCUACUAGCUACACCAGUGACAGUACUGGUUGUGUGGGCAACCUGGACAUAUGUGACCACCCACCCUUGGCUCUGCCUUACACUUGGGCUGCAAAGAACCAAGGACAGGGAGAACCCGGAGAAGCCCCACCGUGGCUUCCUGAGUCCGAAGGUGUUUGUGUACCUGGUCCACGCUGCAGCACUGCUGGUCUUUGGAGGUCUGUGCAUGCAUGUCCAGGUUCUCACGCGGUUUUUGGCCUCUUCCACUCCUAUCAUGUACUGGUUUCCAGCUCACCUGCUUCAGGAUCAAGAACCGCUGCUGAGGUGUGUGGACACAGAGCCUGGGAAGCUUCCUCAGGAGAAGUCCCCACCAGGACAGAAGGCCCCCAGAAACUGUCUCAUGAAACUCUUCUACGAUUGGAAGAGAUGCUCUCCAGUCACAAGAUGCGUUCUGGUCUACUUCCUGACCUACUGGCUUCUGGGACUAAUUCUCCAUUGCAACUUCCUGCCUUGGACUUGACCUGGAGUGUCAAGGAAUGAAAGCUCUAAGACGACACCCUGGCUGGGACAGCCCGCACACUCCGGAGAGCACUGUGCAGUAGGAUCUCUGGGUCUCUCUGGGGGCCAGCUAAGAAGGGAAAAUGGGAGCACAGGCGCCCCUUCUCAUCCUGGGCGGGGCAGGUGUAGGGGAGUAACUUCAGUGCUCAGUGCAGGGGUCUCAGAUCUCCCUAGUCCACAAGUACUAGGCAAUCUUAAACCUACUACUGAUCCACGUGUAAGUCUGUCUUCUUGUUUUUUGAGAGAAGGUUGGUUUCUCUACAUUGCCCUGGUUGUCCUGGAACUCACUCUGUAGACCAAGUUUAUGUAGACCAGGCUGGCCUUGAACUCAGAGAUUCAUCUGCCUCUGCCUCUUGAGUACUAGGCCCACCACUGAGUGUGAGCCACCCCUGCCUGGCCUGGUGGAUAAAUUUAAAUGUUUGAUCAAAGCACAGGCCAACAGCCUGCCCCACUCAGGAUGGUGGAGUCAGUGCAGUGUAGUGACAGAAGGAAGAGGGGACAGACAGCCUGCUCUAAGUGAGAGGUUUCUGAAGGUGGUUGUUUUCUUUUUUUUUUUUUUUAAAGAUGUAUUAUAUUAUAUAUGAGUACACUAGCUGUCUUCAGACACACCAGAAGAGGGCAUCAGAUCCCAUUGCAGAUGGUUGUGAGCCACCAUGUGGCUGCUGGGAAUUGAACUCAGGACCUCUGGAAGAGCAGCCAGUGCUCUUAACCACUGAGCCAUCUCUCCAGCUCCCUGAAGUUUUCUUUAUGAUACUGGUGUGUGUGUGUCUGUGUCUAUCCUACAGACUGUGAAAAUCUAAAUACUCCUUUUGCAAUGAAUUACCUUUUUCUGGAGGAGGGGUAGUCAGGGGAGCUAAGACAAGGUCCCUCUGUGUAACUCUGACUGUCCUAGAACUUGCUUGCUAUGUAGAUCUGGCUGGUUUUGAACUCAGAGAUCCUCCUACCUCUGCCGAACUAGUUUCUAUAAAUUAUAGAGGGUUGAGGCUAGAACUCCGUAGUAAAGCACACGAGGCCCUAAUUUCAGUAAUAAACACCACUUGGAUCAGAGCACAGGGUCUGAAUCUUGGCUCCCAUUCCUCACUUUCCAGCUGUAUGAUCUAAAGCCACCUUCAGAGCUUUUGCCUUCUCUGAAAUUAAGGAGGAGACUUCUUCCCUGGGGUGUGAUUUAGGCCUUAAAUCUUGAGGCUACCUUAAACAAAAGAUAAAUGGAGGCUCACAAGUGGUCUAAUGGGAAAGUCCUCCUUUGAUCAAUUGGAAACAGCCUCCCCCCCACCUCUGGGAACAACUCGGAAUAGAAGCUGUCGUGGAGAGUAAUGACACCUGGUGGAAAAGGGUAACCCAGGGUGACUGGUUUUCCAUUCUCAAAGAUCACACUUGCAUGAGUCAGAGGCACCUACCCCACAGCCUUGAUGGGGGAACCUUGUAGCUAAGUCAGUCCAAGGUUGUCUACUGUAGCAUCUGCCCUGCUUCCUGGCUCCCUGUGGUUACUAAGAGUAACCCUGCCCCUGAGGAAGGAUGACUCCAGGAUGCUGAGGCUUGAGGUGAGCUUGAGGGCAGCUACAGAAUAAGACCCUGUAUAAAUGAAAGACAGUGUCCCUGCUGCGCAGCGUUUGUGCAUUCUUGAGCCAGGUAACUUUGGCUCGGUGUCACCAUCCUUACUCCCCAUUGGGCCAAAAAUUCCAAUAAGCAGCAUUCUUCAAAACAGAUGGCAGUCAGCAGUGGCUUCUGGAAAGCUCGGAGUUGGAAUUUGGACACACUCCCUCCGACCGUGACAGAAAGCUCAACUUGCCAGCUGAAGGGAAGCUCCUGGCCCAGGCCCAGCACCCUCUGUGGGAGCCUCCAGCCAGCCUGGCCAACGAGCAUUCCCACCCAGCACCACAGCACUAGCACAGCCAAGCAUUUGGUCCAGAGUCAAAUGCUACUGAAAAUGUACACACAGAUUGGGGCAGCCCUCUGCCUUCUGCCAAGACACCAAGUGCCCUUCUUGGCAAAAGACAACACCUCUCCCCUAGUGUGUCCCUCCAGCUGGCAGACUGCAGCCUCUUCCCCAGCAGCUGCAAAUCCUAGGACUCCCCCUCCCCCUCCAAAAAAAAAAAAGUGCGUGGGAGGAGCCGGGAUCCUUUGGUCUCCCUCUCUGCUCCACUUUGCCUCCGUUUGGAGGGUAACCAGAAGUGAUUGUUCCUCUCCUGGGAGAGGUGACUCACCCCCUACAGAGCAGCUUCAGUCUCCCCUGUUUUGUCCCUAGAGCCAUCACUGAAGAAACCCUACACCUGGGCACCCCGGCUAGGUAAGCACACCUGGAGAAGGCCGGGCUUCUGGCCUGGGAGGCUCACGGCUCAGCUUGUAAGGAGCGGGCUGACUUUAUGACCAGCAGCUGUCCCUUUACCGGCCUAUUAACAGUCUUUAAUAGUCUGAAGGAGGACCGUGAAGGGCCCAAGGCCGGAGCUUCCUGUUUCCCCGAGGUCUAAGAAUGCCACAGCUGGGUGGGGCGGCCACGGUUUCAGAGAAAAGUCAUUUCCUUCCAAGACCCUGCUAAAAUACAAACCAGACACUCUGAGGACCCAGAAGUGGAUGUCUUUUUGUUCUUUAAUGGAGGUGGGAAAAGGGGAAGCUUUGGCGGGUCUCUAGUAGUCCCACUGGGGUGGGGCAGCGGAAGUCUGGGUCUAAAAAUGUAAAGUGUGGAGGCUUAAGUUUUUAAAAGGAUUCUUUUCA